CUACCUUUUCAGGCUCUACCGGAAGUUCAAACACGGUGCCUCUAGGAAUCGUUUGAGCGACUGUGAUUACGUGCGCUGUUGCAUGCUGGGAACUUGGAGGAGUAAUGGCGACUGUGGCCUAGCGGCAGAGCUCCUAGAAGAGAAGGAAAAACGGAUUUAUUCUUCAUCCAUCAUGUACGUUUGAUCCCAAACUAUUAAAGAUGACAACUGCAGCAAGACCAACAUUUGAACCUGCGAGAGGAGGGAGAGGAAAAGGGGAAGGUGACUUAAGUCAGCUCUCCAAACAAUAUUCCAGCAGAGAUCUUCCUUCUCAUACUAAAAUCAAAUACAGACAAACAAAUCAGGAUGCCCCUGAAGAGGUGCGCAACCGUGACUUCAGGAGGGAACUGGAGGAGCGUGAACGAGUUGCUGUAAGAGAGAAAAACAGAGAUAGACCAGCACGAGAACAUACAACUUCUUCUUCAGUGUCUAAGAAGCCCCGAUUAGAUCAGAUCCCUGCAGCUAACCUGGAUGCAGAUGAUCCUCUGACUGAUGAGGAGGAUGAAGAUGAAGACUAUGAAGAAGAGAGUGACGACGAUACCGCUGCUCUCUUAGCUGAGCUAGAAAAGAUUAAAAAGGAACGUGCGGAAGAGCAGGCCCGAAAGGAACAAGAGCAAAAGGCUGAAGAGGAGAGAAUACGGAUGGAAAACAUCCUGAGUGGAAACCCUUUGCUGAAUCUUACUGGCCCUGUUCAGCCUCAAACAAAUUUCAAAGUAAAACGGAGAUGGGAUGAUGACGUGGUCUUCAAGAACUGUGCAAAGGGAGUUGAUGAGAUGAAAAAAGAUAAAAGGUUCGUCAAUGACACACUGAGGUCGGAAUUUCACAAAAAGUUUAUGGAAAAAUACAUCAAGUAGUCCUUUCAGAGUAUUUUUUAAGUGCUGCAUUGCUAAUAGACUCGAUGAAUCAAGUCACUUCCCCUCCAUCUGAAAAAUCUUCUGGUUUAAAGGGAGAAUUUUGUCAACAAGUAGCAGCUCUAACCCAAGUCACUCAUACCAUUUUUACUUAAUCCCUCAGCUGUAAUAUUUUUAGGUCUCUUGUUUCAACAAGGCCAAGAACGUUUUUGUUUUGUUCUUGCUAUGAAUUUGUUUCUCAUGCUGUUUCUGUAAAUGUUUUGAAGAUUUAUUUGCAAUAAACUCAUUAUACUGAA